AUGAGCAUGGAAUAUGACGCUGACACCGUUUCAGCUCCUCGGCUCGUUGUGAUGAAACGAGGAGAAGGUGGCUAUGGGUUUAACCUCCAUGGCGAGCGAAAUAUUCAAGCGGGGCAAAGUAUCAGCGCUGUUGACGAUGGCAGUGAAGCUCAGAAAGCAGGCCUUCGAGUCGGGGAUAAAGUGAUCGAGGUAAAUGGAAUGAAUAUUGAGAAUAUGUCUCACGGCGAUGUUGUCAAGCGGAUCAAGAUGAACGUGACCGAAGUUUCCAUGUUGGUUUGUGACCAUAUCACUGAGGCGUAUUUGAAACAAGAAGGUCGCCCCAUAACCGCUGAUAUGGCUAAUCUAAUGACAGUUUAUCAGAACAAACAAGUUGAGAGUGAGCCAGUACCAUCAGAGCCGCCACAACCAGUUGUUGUGGAAGAAGAACCCGAACCCGAAGUGGAGGAGUCGAACACCGUGGAAACAGCACCGACCAUAACAGACGAAUCGAGCACGAACGAAGUUGAUUCUGCCGAAGUGGCGAACGAGGCAACUACACCCGAGGAAGUUAAACAACUGAACGAGGUAUUGGAGAAGGAGGAGGAGUCAUUGCCUGCACCAACGACAAAUGGUACCGUGAAUCACUCCGAAGUCGAACCUUCUCCAGAACCUGCUCCAGAACCUGCUCGUCCGCAACCAACUCCAGUAGUACCAACUCCAGUAGUACCUCCUCCAACUGCGCAACAUGCAUCGACCCAGAAACCAACAUCUAAACCGCUAAGAAGCACCAUCAAACAGCAAAAAACUGAGAGCUGGGAUGACAAAUACAAGAAGUUCCAGAAUUUGUGA